UUGUGUAAGUGCCUGGUGGGGCUGACUCGGCCGUUCGUGGGAGCACAGCUGUGGCACAGCCUGGAGGAGGCCGGCCUCCUGGAUCCUCCCUCAGGCUUCGUCAGAGGCAGGGGACAUGCACCCCGAGGGCCUCUGCUUGGCCUGACCCUGCUGCAGGGACGCUCUGUCCCCAGUCCUCGCGGAGAUGGCUAGUUCGUGGAGGUCCUGCUUGCCCGGCUGCCUCCCCUCCCUGGUCCUCCUCCUCCAGCUGUCCUGCAGCUCCGCAGGUCAGUUCAGGGUCAUAGGACCGGGCCACCCCAUCCGGGCGCUGGUGGGCGAUGAGGCCGAGCUGCCGUGUCGCAUCUACCCUGGGAAGAACGCCACAGGCAUGGAGGUGGGCUGGUACCGGCCCCCCUUCUCCAGGGUGGUCCAUCUCUACCGAAACGGCAAGGACCAGGAUGCAGAGCAGGCGCCCGAAUAUCGGGGACGGACUGAACUGCUGAAAGAAGCCAUGGGCGAGGGGAAGGUGACCCUCAGGAUCCGCAACGUGAGGUUCUCCGACGAAGGAGGGUUCACCUGCUUCUUCCGAGAUCAUUCCUACCAGGAGGAGGCGGCCAUGGAACUGAGAGUGGAAGACCCCUUCUACUGGAUCAACCCCGGCGUGCUGGUCCUCCUCGCCGUGCUCCCGGUGCUGCUGCUGCAGAUCGCCGCGGGCCUCGUCUACCUCUGCCUGCAGCACAGACUGAGAGGAAAGCUCCGCGCGGAGAUCGAGAACCUGCACCGGACGUUUGACCCCCACUUCCUGAGGGUGCCCUGCUGGAAGAUAACCCUGUUUGUGCUGGUGCCAGUGCUCGGACCCCUGCUGGCCUUGGUCAUCUGCUACAACUGGCUGCACCGGAGACUUGCAGGGCAGUUUCUUGAGGAGCUAAGAAACCCCUUCUGAGCGAUGCUGCAUCCUGGCCAGCCUGGAGGGCGGCCUGGUGGCCCUGGCACGGGCUCCCAGGGUGUGGCCUCCACCCGCCGCACUCUCACUGGCCUCCCCGCCACAGGGACAUCCAGUCUGCAUUUCCAGGAAGGCUGCGUCCUCUUCUCCCGUCUACCUUCCCCCCCCCGCCCCCGUCGGGCUGCCCACCCCGGCCACUCGCCAUCUGCUGCGGCCAAGCAGGCAUUCCUCUCUCGGACGGACGACACCUGUGCUGCUCAGGAACGCAGGCAGGACUGAGACCAGCCGCCUCCCUGCCGCCGAUUCCUGUCCGCCAACAUCGCCCAUGGGGGUUGUUUCUUCCCCAGCGUCCAUCCUGAGGGGCAGAGCUGAGGGGUGUGGAGGCUGCCGGGGAGGAGCAGGGGGAGCGAGAACCCUGGAGCCCCCUCCCCUGCCCCCUCCCCGCCCCGCGGGCAGCAGCAAGGGCCGCAUCCGAACACCGGCUGGACUCCCCAGUUGCAGGGAUGGGACCCCCGACCCCCCCACCUCCUUCCGCUCCCCUCUUAGCCCUACCACAGCCGCCACUGUCUUCUCAACAAUUACCACUUGACGGUCGAUCAGACACAAAGAAAAUGGCAGGUGCUAAUUAACGUACAGGA